AUGCUGCCCGACCCGGUCGUGCCCGGGGUAGCGCUGGCUAGCGCUCCCCAGCCCCCAACAAGCCACCAAGCGCGCCGUUUGGCUGUCCAAGACCCCACUUCGGCCUCACCCGGCCCUCAAGCGCGCCGUUUGGCUGCUGAAGACCUGGCGAUUGUUGUUUCGGCACCCGGUAGGGCGGCAGGCAUGCUGCCCGACCCGGUCGUGCCCGGGGAAGCGCUCGCAGCCGCCACGGCUCGCGCUCUGGGUGUUGCCCAUGGCCCCAGCGACCUCGAGGGCGUCCUCUAG